CACAUCUCAGCGCGCGCUGAUCCGCGCCUCGCUCGGCCUUUGUCCUCUGCGCCAAGCGUGCCGUGCUCGUUGCAUAACCUGUCAAUCCCGCUGCGUUUUUUCCUCAUCCCACUCAUCAUGCACGUCUCCGCCCUCGUCCUCGCCGCCGCCGCGGUCGCGGCCCAACCCUUCCAGGUCUCGAUGCAGGCGCCGCACCGCGAAACCGAGGCUGAAGCGACCGCGAACGCCGCGCGCCUCGUCACCCACGUCACGGUGGGCACGAUGGCCUCCGUUUUCCCCGAGGGCUCGGAGAACGCGGGCCACCCCUUCGCACUUAUGGAGUCGCACGCACCGUGCCACCCCGACGGCGCGCUCACCUUCAUCUCCAUGCCGAUCUCGCUGAUGCAGCGCAACCUCAAGGCGACGGGAGGCCGGGCGUCGUACGCGCUCGCGACGCCCCGCAAGCCCAGCACGCACAACGAGUACGCUAUCCCGCGUGUCUCGUUUAUUGGCAACCUCACCGUCCUGGACGAGGUCGAUGAGAAGGAGCAUGCGCGCCUCCGCGACUGCUUCGUCUCAUACCACCCCGACGCCAAGUGGUGGAUCCCGGAGGAUGCGCACGGCGCGCAUGUGUCCAAGUGGGCCAAGUUCGCCCCGCACGAUGCGUACUACAUCGGAGGGUUUGGAAACGUCGGGUGGAUCGGCCACAUCCCCAUCGAGAACUUCGCCAAGGAGCUCGAGAAGGAGAAGGAGAAGAAGCACAAGCACAAGCAUUAAGCGGAGAACUAGUGCAGCAGCCAAAUAGGUCUAGGCUGCCAGCAACAGUACAACUAAAACCAU